UGAAGCAAUUCACAUUCUCAUAUCCUAUUAUACGUGUGGGGUGCCAAAUCACUGAGCUUCAAGCUUAUUCUACACCUCGAUGACAUUUGAGUGAUCGUAAGAGCGAAAUAUGAGGGGAUUCCUGCUCUUGGCUUGGCUGCCCUUUCUUGCAUGCCCCGUGACCGAUGGUCUUGAAAUGUGUCCUCCAUCGGAUGCAAUUGCACCCUGUGCAUGCGUCAUCUAUUCUACUGAGGACAUCGAUAUCGACUGCAUGAAUGCGGAAACAGCGGAGGACAUAUAUCGUGCCUUCAAUGAUGUCACUUGGGACUUCAAGGAAAUGCGCUCGUUGAUUGGGGAGUUACCAGAAGGAGUGUUUGCAGACGUCUCCUUCCAAGAGUUCAUACUCUAUGACAAUAUUCACCUCCAGAGUAUUCAUUCCUCUGCUCUUCUCCCGUCGAUAGAACGACUAGAAGUGCUACAUGCAGGAGGGUCCCACCGGCUCCAUUUAUUCCCGUUUGAAAUCCUUCCGCAAAUGACAGCAUUGAAGGCACUCUACUUUGGAUGGACUAACUUCCCUGAGGUCCCGAUCCUCCGCAGCAACAGCCUGGAGACUUUGAAUUUCUGGAACAGUCCAAUCACUUCUUUGGGGAAGGAAGCCUGGUCCAUGCCCAAUCUAAAGUCCUUCAUCCUUGGGAAGAACCGCUUGAGGGAGCUUCCACAGGGGCUGGUGACCAGCAUGGAAAAAUUGGUCACCUUCCAGUGCAACGAGAACCAUCUGGGACCCCACCUUCAAGCAGACUAUUUGGAGUUCAAAAGCCCCGACCUCGCCACUGUGAAUCUGGACGGAAACGACAUAUCCACCCUCGCACCGGGCGCCAUCACCGGUCUGGGUGCCAACACGACCCUCAGUCUCUACCGGAAUUCCAUCGAGUUCCUGGAAGAAGAGUCCUUCCGACCCAUCGUGGAGGUCAUGGUUUCUGGGACUGGGACAUUGAAUGUCAGAGGUAAUCCCUUGGCCUGUGGCUGUGAAAUUCUUUGGCUGGUCACGAAUGAACCAUUUCGACCGAAAGUUCUGGGAACUUGCAAGGACGAUUAUAUUCAACUGCAAGAUUUGGAUCCUCAGCCGUUCCUUGAUCUCUGCACUGUCGGAUAAUCCCCUUCACCCAUGAAAACCUGAAAGGGACAAAUAAACGACGCAAGAUGCAUGACAUGUCUUAGAACUACUCAAUGGCGGCGUGCUCUGAGUUAACGUAGAACGGGG